AUGGGUACCGAGAGAAUACCUUCUCUGCCAUUGCCCGCUCAACACCAGGCCUACUCCUCUUCGGGGACAUCGUCACCUCGGGUCAGCUCCAUCGGUUCAGCAGCCAGCUCCCACCUCGGUUCUCAGUCGUCAUUCACCUCGGCUGCAUCCUCCAACGGCCCCAAAACCCCCUCUCCUAACCUGCCCGUCACGACCACCAUUCCAGGAUCUGCAAGCCAAUCAAUUGGAGGAUACGAACAGUAUCCCACUAUGAACCAACCAGCCGCUGAAAUGUACUACCAACAGCAUAUGUCUGCAGGCCAGCCUCCCUCCAACCAGACAGUAACAUCGGGCAUGUCUUACCACCACCAGCAACAACCUCCUCCGUUGCAGCCAAGCCAUUUGCCCCAAUACCCUGCGCCUCCCGCCCAACAGUACGGUCAGCCUUAUGGUUAUGCCAAUGGCAUGGCUUCGCCCCAAAAUGCCCACCCGAACGUUGGAAACUCGAUGGGCGCGUCUCAAAAUGUGCUGCCGCUGCCCGCGCCUCCCAACGGCAAUGCUUACCAGGGAUUUGACACGACAGGCCAGGUGGCGCCACCUGGCAUGAAGCCCCGAGUGACGGCAACACUCUGGGAAGACGAAGGCAGUCUGUGCUUCCAAGUUGAGGCGCGCGGUAUUUGCGUUGCUCGUCGCGAAGAUAACCAUAUGAUCAAUGGUACGAAGCUUCUCAACGUGGCUGGCAUGACCCGUGGUCGCAGGGAUGGUAUCUUGAAGAGUGAAAAGCUGAGACACGUCGUGAAAAUCGGGCCCAUGCACCUCAAGGGCGUGUGGAUCCCGUUCGAGAGGGCUCUCGAUUUCGCAAACAAGGAAAAGAUUACAGAGCUUCUGUACCCCCUCUUCGUCCACAACAUCGGCGCCCUCCUGUACCACCCCACCAACCAGAACCGUACCAACCAAGUCAUGGCUUCGGCCGAGCGUCGAAAGCAGGAACAGAACCAGAUGCGCAACUCUCAAUCGGGCCCAGGCCUGGCACCUAUUCAGCAGCAUCACCACCACCACUCGAUGGGACUUCCUGGCCCCCAGCAGCCGCUUCCGUCUCACUCCAACAUGGGACGACCCUCGCUGGACAGAGCUCACACUUUCCCGACGCCUCCGACCAGUGCUUCGAGCGUCAUGGGCGGCAACAUGGGCACUUCAGAUGGCUUCCAGUGGGCCCAGCAGGGUCAAGGUAUAGGCAGCGCGCAAAAUGCGAACCCCAUGUCCAUUGACACUGGGUUGAGCAGCGCGCGCUCGAUGCCAGCUACACCUGCUACCACGCCCCCCGGAUCGUCUAUUCAGAGUAUGCAGCAAUAUCCCGCUGCUAGCCAGUCUUAUGACAACUCCCGACCUAUGUACAAUGCAUCCUCACAGCAGUCACCGUAUCAGACAACAAACCCUGGCCCACAGGAGCGCUCCUUAUACGGACACAACGACCCAUACGGCAAAAAUGACAUGGGUCCUCCUUCGUCGCGCCCUGCAGGACCCGGCGCUCCCGUGGACCAAAAGGCUACGAACGGCAUUAUCUCGUCUUCGGACCAGAAUGGACACGGUGUCAGUCACCAAGGCGGCGACGAUGAGGCCGAACAUGAGCAGGAUGCCGAGUACACCCAUGAUAGUGGAGCUUACGACGGUAACCGAGCUUCUUAUAACUACGCCGCACCCCCUGUUGGAGCUUUGUCUUCCGAACACCACUUGUCGCCCGAGAUGACGGGAUCUCCCAGCCACGCCCCGACGUCUGGACGUGCGACGCCCCGCACGGCCGCGCCUCCCCAGCCGUACUACUCCCAGCAGCCCGGCUACAGCACCCCUCCUCGGGUUCAGCAGCAGCCAUCCAGCAAUCUCUACAGCGUCAUGAGCAAUGACCGAGGCGCAACAGGUGGCUCGGCUGGUAGUGACGUUUACGCCCCAUCAGCUGACAUUGGCUCCAUGUCCAACGGUUAUGCUUCGCAGCAGCCCGUGCUGAACGGCAGCAGUGGUAUCAAGCGAGGACGCGAGGAUGAAGAUGAUCUCCAGCGGCCCCUGAGCGGCGGUCCCGGCAUGGAAAUGAAGCGACGAAAGACGCUCAUUGAUGGGACCAUCCCUGCAACCGGUUACGAUGCUAUGGCUAGGCCAGCUUCCGCGACUGUCGCUCCCACGCGGCGGAGAUGA